AUGUACGUUGAGAAACUACAACUUUGGAUACGUAAAGUGUCAAUGAACCCCAGCAACUAUUCAAGUUUCAGCAAAGUAGUGUCAGUCUCAGAAGAAGUAUGUUUUGAGGACGUUUUUGAAGGACCGCUUUUGAAAAACUUGAUAACUGACCAUUUGAAGAACCUCAAGGAGGAGUUCAGCAGGUACUUUCCUAACUUGUCAGAGGAGUUGUACAAACUAUCAACUGACCCGUUCAACAUGGACAUACAGUUGCUGCCAGAAGAGUUGCAAGAGGAGGGAAUAGAAAUAAAAAAUGACUCUGCUGCAAGAUACGAUUUUGACAAAAUGGACAAGCCCUCAUUUUGGUUAAAUUUCCAAAAUAGAGUACCACUGGUUUACAAUCGCAAACAGAAGUUUACAACCGAAAAUGUCAAUGAUACAUCUCAAUUUCAAUGUGACCUAAAUUUUUUGCCCGCCAGUGUAUAA